AUGGCAGCUGAAAAGAGAACACAGCUUACCUCGUUGACCGACCUCGGUGAUGGGUCUCAUGAUAGAGCCAACGUUCCUGCAUCCUCUUCACAGCCGCAACCAGAGGCUUCUCAAACGGCAGAGGAUGGAUUGUUCCGUCCUUUGGAGUCUAGUGACCCUACGGGAGACAUGAACAACCCUCCAAGCCGUGAUCUAACGGAUGCAUUCCAUUUUGCACGUUCUUCCUCGCCAAGGGAUGCUCAUGGAACUUCUUCACGACAUGGAUCAGGGAGUCCCGAAGGAAUACACCCGGUACCCCUAGCUCCAGAAAACACUUUCGGUUCAGGUGCCACUUCCAAAUCCACAGCCACCGCCGUGGAAGAACCUCUGCAAGAGAACUUGGAUGCCGUCGACGUCCGCGACGCCAUCGACAACCCUGACCCACGGCGCGGCGUUUGUGCACGUCUCAACAUGGCUGCAGGCCGCCGGAUUAUCCACGAGACCCCGCUAUUUUCCUGCGACAAACCUCGUUGGCAUUGGCGACGUCAUCAAAGAAUUGCCCUUGCGUGGAAUGAGUUGAACGGGCCAACCCGUGAGGAACUUCAACACGAAUUUGCCGGCCUGCGCGGGCUGAGCACUCGGGCAGGCUUGUCAGAGAGCCAGCACCGACAGCUGGAGGGCUUUGUCAAGACAUAUGCCUCCGUAGACACGAGCGGGAGCAGAGUCCACAUCUGCAAAAUCGCAUCACACAUCAACCAUGCCUGCGGUAGAUGCGCCAAUGCAAAGGCUUGGGUCGAAUCUGAUCACCCGAACUAG